AUGGCCAGAAAAUUCACCCAAAUAGUCUCUGUGCUCAUGUUCUUCAUUGAAGUAUUGAACUUUCCAGCAUUUACAACUUCAGACACUACACUUCCUGAUCAAACACUAUAUGCAUCGCCACCGCCACCUUAUGGGUGCCCAUAUUGUAUGCCCCCACCCUCCGCCCCAACAAAUUGCCCGCCACCUCCUUCGCCACCACUGCCAACGGUUUCUCCCCCACCACCGCCUGGUUCAGUGUACUAUCCUCCUCCGCCCGGGUACUAUUCGCCACCAUAUUUUCCAUAUAAUCCUACACCAGGAUAUGUCUACCCUGCUCCUCCCCCUCCUGACCCAAUUUUACCUUAUUUUCCAUUUUAUUACUUGCAACCUCCUCCACCGCCAGGAUUUUCAUCAGCAGAUGGUAUUAACCUAUCAGUGAAAUGGAUUGCUUGCAUGCUUUUGCUGAACUACAUGCAUCCGAUCCUCCGACCCAUAUUGCAUUUUUUAACUAUUGAUGAAGAGGGUUAA